ACUGACAGGCGGCGGCGGCGCAGUUGCGAGCGCAGGUGAGUUCCGGGCCGCCACCGGCUGCUUCUGUGGGCCGGGCCUCUCAGAGCAUUGGCGACCCCAGCCCGACUCCGGGCUGACAGGGCCUGGCCUCGCCGGGUACGCCGGACGCAGCGGCCAGGCUCCUUGCCAGAGGCCUCCACUCACUCCAGACCCCUGUAGCCUGUUACUGUCAGCUGUCAACGAAGGAUGUGAAUGCUGGCCGCUUCCUGUGGGCUUCGUGUCACCCAGAGGUGAGCCCAGGCCAGGAUGGGGGACUCCAGGGACCUUUGCCCUCACCUUGACUCCAUAGGGGAGGUGACCAAAGAGGACUUGCUGCUCAAAUCUAAGGGAACCUGUCAGUCGUGUGGGGCCACCGGACCAAACCUAUGGGCCUGUCUCCAGGUUGCCUGCCCCUAUGUUGGCUGCGGAGAAUCCUUCGCUGACCACAGCACCAUUCAUGCACAGGCAAAAAAGCACAACUUGACCGUGAACCUGACCACGUUCCGACUGUGGUGUUACGCCUGUGAGAAGGAGGUGUUCCUGGAGCAGCGGCUGGCAGCCCCUCUGCCAGGCUCCUCCUCCAAGUUCUCUGAACAGGACUCCCCGCCACCCUCCCACCCUCUGAAAGCUGUUCCUAUUGCUGUGGCUGAUGAAGGAGAGUCUGAGUCAGAGGACGAUGACCUGAAACCUCGAGGCCUCACGGGCAUGAAGAACCUCGGGAACUCCUGCUACAUGAACGCCGCCCUGCAGGCCCUGUCCAAUUGCCCGCCGCUGACUCAGUUCUUCUUGGAGUGUGGCGGCCUGGUGCGCACAGACAAGAAGCCAGCCCUGUGCAAGAGCUACCAGAAGCUGGUCUCUGAGGUCUGGCACAAGAAACGGCCAAGCUACGUGGUCCCCACCAGUCUGUCUCAUGGGAUCAAGUUGGUCAACCCAAUGUUCCGAGGCUAUGCCCAGCAGGACACUCAAGAGUUCCUUCGCUGCCUGAUGGACCAGCUGCACGAGGAGCUCAAGGAGCCGGUGGUGGCCACGGUGGCGCUGACAGAGGCUCGGGACUCAGAUUCGAGUGACACGGAUGAGAAACGGGAGGGUGACCGGAGCCCAUCAGAAGACGAGUUCUUGUCCUGUGACUCGAGCAGUGACCGGGGUGAGGGUGAUGGGCAGGGGCGUGGUGGGGGCAGCUCGCAGGCCGAGACAGAGCUGCUGAUCCCAGAUGAGGCGGGCCGAGCCAUCUCUGAGAAGGAGCGGAUGAAGGACCGCAAGUUCUCCUGGGGCCAGCAGCGCACAAACUCGGAGCAAGUGGACGAGGACGCUGAUGUGGACACCACCAUGGCUGCCCUUGACAACCAGCCCGCGGAGGCCCAGCCCCCAUCACCACGGUCCUCCAGCCCCUGCCGGACGCCAGAGCCGGACAAUGAUGCCCAGCUACGCAGCUCCUCUCGCCCCUGCAGCCCCGUCCACCACCAUGAGGGCCAUGCCAAGCUGUCUAGCAGCCCCCCUCGUGCAAGCCCCAUGAGGAUGGCACCGUCAUACGUGCUCAAGAAAGCCCAGGUAUUGAGUGCCGGCAGCCGGAGGCGGAAGGAGCAGCGCUACCGCAGCGUCAUCUCAGACAUCUUUGAUGGCUCCAUCCUCAGCCUCGUGCAGUGUCUCACCUGUGACCGGGUAUCCACCACAGUGGAGAUGUUCCAGGACUUAUCGCUGCCCAUUCCUGGCAAGGAGGACCUGGCCAAGCUCCACUCAGCCAUCUACCAGAAUGUACCAGCCAAGCCAGGCGCCUGUGGGGACAGCUAUGCUGCCCAGGGCUGGCUGGCCUUCAUUGUGGAGUACAUCCGACGGUUUGUGGUAUCCUGUACCCCCAGCUGGUUUUGGGGGCCUGUCGUCACACUGGAAGACUGCCUUGCUGCCUUCUUUGCCGCUGAUGAGUUAAAGGGUGACAACAUGUACAGCUGUGAGCGGUGUAAGAAGCUGCGGAACGGAGUGAAGUACUGCAAAGUCCUGCGGUUGCCCGAGAUCCUGUGCAUUCACCUAAAGCGCUUUCGGCAUGAGGUGAUGUACUCAUUCAAGAUCAAUAGCCACGUCUCCUUCCCCCUCGAGGGGCUUGACCUGCGCCCCUUCCUUGCCAAGGAGUGCACAUCCCAGAUCACCACCUACGACCUCCUCUCGGUCAUCUGCCACCACGGCACAGCAGGCAGUGGGCACUACAUCGCCUACUGCCAGAACGUGAUCAAUGGGCAGUGGUACGAGUUUGAUGACCAGUACGUCACAGAAGUCCACGAGACAGUGGUGCAGAACGCCGAGGGCUACGUACUCUUCUACAGGAAGAGCAGCGAGGAGGCCGUGCGGGAGCGGCAGCAGGUGGUGUCCCUGGCUGCCAUGAGGGAGCCCAGCCUGCUGCGGUUCUAUGUGUCCCGCGAGUGGCUCAACAAGUUCAACACCUUCGCAGAGCCGGGCCCCAUCACCAACCAGACCUUCCUCUGCUCCCACGGAGGCAUCCCGCCCCACAAAUACCACUACAUCGACGACCUGGUGGUCAUCCUGCCGCAGAACGUCUGGGAGCACCUGUACAACAGAUUUGGGGGUGGCCCUGCCGUGAACCACCUGUACGUGUGCUCCAUCUGCCAGGUGGAGAUCGAGGCGCUGGCCAAGCGCAGGAGGAUCGAGAUUGACACCUUCAUCAAGCUGAACAAGGCCUUCCAGGCCGAGGAGUCGCCGGGCGUCAUCUACUGCAUCAGCAUGCAGUGGUUCCGGGAGUGGGAGGCGUUCGUCAAGGGGAAGGACAACGAGGUGGAGACAGGCCCCAUCACAAGGAAGCUCCUGGGGUCCCCCAAGUCCCCAGUGAAGAACAGCAGAACCAAGCCAUGGGUUGCCUGUGGCUCCAGGCCCCGGCAGGAGCCCCCCGGGCCCAUUGACAACAGCAGGAUUGCACAGGUCAAAGGAAGUGGCCACGUCCAGCUGAAGCAGGGAGCUGACUAUGGGCAGAUUUCGGAGGAGACCUGGACCUACCUGAACAGCCUGUAUGGAGGCGGCCCCGAGAUCGCCAUCCGCCAGAGCGUGGCGCAGCCGCUGGGCCCGGAGAGCCUGCACGGGGAGCAGAAGAUUGAAGCCGAGACCCGGGCCGUGUGAUUUGCUGGGCUAGUCUCCCCAUGUGCCCCACCCCGCGGAAGGCGUGUUUGUGCCCAGAAGAGAGGCCGGGCUGCUGCAGAACCCCGCCGUGUAAAGAGGCAGAAAAGUUGGUUUGGUUCGCAGUGAGUAAUGCUGCAACUAGAAAAUAUAUGCACUUCAGGCUUGUUUAAACGACCAAGACUCUGUGACGUUAAUUUGGGUCUUUGUCCUGGCAGCGCCCCUGCCAGUCACUGUCAUCGUUGUGUCCCCCACAACUGUCCUCUUGCUAGCUUGGCCCAGCUUUGUCCCUGGAGCCCGAUGCCACCCCCGUCAGACAGAGGCUGUGGCCUGGGCCAGAGUCGGGGAGUAGCUGCUGCUUCAUGGUGUCUCCACUGUGCGAUUGGCCCGGACCCCGGAAGACUCGGAGAGAGCUGCUCAGGGCCGGUGAGCGCAGCCAGCAGCCCCAGCCAGUGAGGAGCUCACAGGUUGUCCCUGGUGGUCCUGCCGAACCUCUGCAUCUCCUGGGCAUCACCAGGAAGGCUCUGAAGUCCCGGGCUGCUCUCAGCACUUCUCCUGCAGACUGAAGACUCUGGACUCAUUGCUGACGGGAACGCCAGGAGGAGGCUGGAUUUCCACCAGUGGGGGAUGUUUCUGGAGGCAGCUGGUCCCCCACACCGCGUCCUGCUGAGCCUGCCCCCUGGAUUGGCUGUAAUUUGCCUUGAAGUUCAGCAGUUCAUCUUCAUGGGAAAUUUGCUGAGUCCCCCACCAGGGAACCGGAUGAUGAAUCAGGGAUACCUCACAGCUUGGCCAUUUGCUGCAAAGGCAGCUUCCCGGGCUGAUGCUAAAGAAGACAGACUUUCCCUUCCCAGCAGCAGCAGCAGUGCAGAGCCCGCCUGGAGGCGUGUGGGGGCUGUGCAGGGGGCAGCGCUCAGGCGGAUCCUGGGAAGCGGCCUCUGGAUGCUGAGUGGAGGGACCCACUGAGCACAGCAAGGCACCAAAGCCCCUGGAGAAACCGCCAGGGUGAGGUGCGGCCAUCAUCAGGGUCAAAGCAUACGGGGCACGGGUGGGGAAUGGGUUCUGGGACCAGACCCCCCACACUACUGCGGUCGUCAGUCUUUGUAGAAGCAGAUGGUGGUGGAAAUUCCAGCAGUUGAGUCCAGCAGAGGCCCUGAGGCCUCACUUUUCGGAUCUUCUGUCCCAGAUCCUGCUCCCUCCCUGCUGAGCCUGGGGUUCCCUGGCAUUGGCUCCAGCCUUCUGAAAGCCGCUGCUGCAGCCAGAGGCUGCACGCUGCACUGUUGCGACGCAGCGAGGCUGCUGUGCAGGCUGGGAUUGGGCCCCACGUCUGUGCUGUCUAGUUUGUGUUCAGAAUGUCAGAAUAAACACAGAAUAAACAUUCCCACGGCCA